GAUUAGACGUGUGGGCCAGAGUCAAAAUAAAGGUACUGUACGUCUCUCUGUCUCUCUGUCUCUCUGCAGACGACUCCUCGACCAACAACAAACACUUGACAAACAUAAAACAAACACUCCUGGCACAAACACGCUCUGGGUUUCCUCUCUGGAUUAUUUGGGGUGAGGAAUUGUGACAUGGACAGAUCUCCGACCAUACACAUAGCACUGCUGAAGUCAGGCUGGCUAUGGAGACAGACCUCCAUCCUAAAACGGUGGAAGCUGAAUUGGUGUGACCUGUGGAUCGAUGGUAGCCUGGUCUUCUACAAGACGGACAGCAGGCGAGAAUUUGAGCACCGAGUGGGUCUCAAGACCAGCUGUGUGAGCGUCAAGUCUGGCCUGGAGUGUGCAGGUCUCUCUCCCCCAGAGAACCACCCCAGUGAGAACAUGGUGGUGGUGCAGCUUAGAGACGGCUCCACAGUGAUCCUUUGUGCCAACAGUGAGGACGAGGCACUAGCAUGGAAGUUGACAAUUCUAGAGGCAAGACAAAACCCAUUCCCGUAUGACCCGUACGACGACACCUACCAGUCCGUCCCAAUGGACGGCCACAACACCAUCUACCUCGCCCCUGGAUCAGGUACCCACCACAUACUGAUCCAGAGAGACCCAUAUGAUGGCAUAGGAGAGCAGGUGGCACUGGGGCUACUGGCGGGCAUGGCGGCGGGCGCUGCCAUGCGCUCCUUCCUCUGGAUGCCCUUGUUCUUCUGCUGAUAGAGAAGGCCUCUGAUCUGGACCAGGCUGCUUGCUUGGGCGCCCUCCCCAGUGCGCUAGCUCCAUGAGCAGGGAGGCACGGCUGGGAAACGCCCAGGCUGCAUAUAUGUAGGACUGCUGCUGUAGGCCUCACUCCUACAAGUCUUAUUAUUGUAUUUCAAACACAAUGUUUUUCCUGUUGCAGAAAAUGGGUGCCCGAGUGUGUGUGUGUGUGUGUGUGUGUGUGUGUGUGUUACAAGUUUUAAUG